UCUUGACCAAUAGUAGGCGCCCAUUUUGACAGCAGCCCUGGGGAGCGGAAGUAACCAACAAGAAGCAACCGAAUCGAAGAGCCGUUAUAACCGAAAAUAAAGCGUUGUAAACAAAGCAUUUGAUUUGAAUAUGUGUAGUAUAUAUUCGGGUAAUUAAUAACUCUGUCUCGCACAACGUCCUGGGACUGAACAUCCGGCUUUACAGUGACGAGUAAACGAGCCAGUGUUUAUGAAAUCUGAGCCGCAGUAGCUGAGCCAUGACUUAAACAACGGAAGUACAUUCUUCUGCUUUGGAAGCUGUACUUUCUCCGAAUUGUGAUGUUUAUUCGAUGGUGGUACGAAAUACUUUUAUUAUUAGGUGUGUAAAAUGUACGUCUAAGUAUGCUAGGAUGUUUAAAAAUGUGUUCGGCUCAGGAUUUCUCGUCAGAACCGCUCAUGUUUUCCUGACAUGGGUUAUAACGCUGAUUCUCUUCGUGCACGACACCGAUCUCCGCAGAGAGGAAGAAGCGGGCCGACUCACGCUGCCCAUACUCUUCGUGCUGCUCGUGCUGCUUUCCGUGCUGCUCUACUUUGCUGUGUCACUAAUGGAUCCCGGGUUCGUGCUGGCUGAUGACUGCGACCUACAGUUCGCUCUUGGCAUCACCGAGGAGCAACAGGACAUGAUUCCCCAAAUCAAACCAUUCCGUCAGCGUCGCUGUGGCCAUUGCCUGUUACAGCAACCGAUGAGAUCCAAGCACUGCCAGACGUGUCAGCACUGCGUGCGUCGCUAUGAUCAUCAUUGUCCAUGGAUCGAGAACUGCGUAGGGGAGAGGAACCAUCGCUGGUUUGUGCUUUACUUGGCUGUGCAGUUCGUCGUGCUGCUCUGGGGGCUACACAUGGCCUGGUCAGGGUUCAGUGAUGCUGCGACGUGGCAGGUGUGGCUGAAAUCGAACAGUGUGCUGCUGGUGACGUGCGCUGUGGUGGCGCUACUGGCGUUCACCGUGCUGCUCCUCCUGGGCUCCCACCUUUACCUGGUGUCUUUGAACACCACCACCUGGGAGUUCAUGUCACGCCAUCGCAUCUCCUACCUCAAACACUGCGGCGUUGACGAGAAUCCCUUCGACCGUGGGACCUUGCGCAACCUGUGGAGCUUCUUCUGCGUGUGGAGCACGGUGGUGUGGGAGCAGGCGUACUUCAGGCAAGGCUGCGAUCCCGCUUAAAGCACAACCCCGACCGAGUGAUUGGAACAUUUUACGGUAACAUAGCCAAGUAAACAAAAACAUUAUGUCUUGGUUAGAAAUACAGUUCCAAACACAUUCCUAUUAUUGAUCCAGAACUUUAAUGAUUCUCGAUUGCAUGGACAUAGUUGUAGUUAGAACCAUAUAGAGCCUCACGUAUAGCAAGUCUGAUAUGAUCAAGAGGUUUGGACUGCUGCUUUUCCUCUGAAUAGAUCUGUAGGAAAUUUUCUUAUCAAGUUGCAGCUGCACUUUUUAAACUUAAUCCUUAAAAGUUAAGAAUGUUUCAGCAAUGUGAGAACGAAUAAUUUUUUUAAGCAAGCGCCAAUAUUAAUGCUUGUUUUCCUAUGACGAUUGGGCUACAAAGAGUCAUUUUAUUACUAACUCCGUUCUCUAACUAACUCAAGAUUACCUCGUGUCGUGUUUUGCUAUGGCACAAAGGAACGUCUGUAAAAUAAAGCAAGCGGACGCCAAGGAGCACAUCACUUAAUGUGACAGUAAAGACAGGGUAGAUUUUACACCAUCAGCUCCCUCUGUAGUUUUUAGACACUUCAGUUUGGGAAGCACAAAGCGUACUAAUUAAACUUUUUUUUUUUUUUUUUUAACAAUUUUUAUUGGGUCAUUUUAGUGGAUAUUUGGAUAACCCCUAAAUUAAGCAUGUUUCAGUAGAAAAAGCGUCACAUAAAGCACUCGUCAAUAUGAACAAAGUGGCUGAGACAUACUGCAGCUGUAAUAUCAGAUUAUUUGGUACUGCUUUGUAGCUGAACAGUAGAGGUAGAAAACCUAGUUGUAUUAGCAAGCAGGUACACUAGUAUUAAGGCAGAAUUCCUUCACCAUAGUUAAAUACCUGUACUUAGCCAGCUGAUAUGAUUGCAUGCAGAGCAGAAUUCAGUGAUCUGCUAUCCCAACUGCAGAAUGAACAUUUGUACCAGCUGCUUUUUUCAUAUUAUAACACAGCUGUUGAAUUCACGAUUCUGAUCUAGUUAAUGCGCUUGUUCUAAUCUUCUCGUUUCUAUAGUAACAACUAUGGCACUUGUAUGGUGGAUUCACUACAUAAAUUUGUUGAUAUGGUGCAGUUUUCUGUGAGGAGAUGUUUAUUUAGCAUUUUUGGACGAAGUCUGCAGUGGCAGCGUGGAUUUGCACUUUCCAAUUAUAAGCUGCAAUUUAUUUGUCUGAUUAACUUGUUAACUUGGGUAGGGGGGGGAAGAGGGGGAACAACGGUUUAUAGCCCUAUUGCAGGAACUAACUUUUUUUUAUGGAUGUUUCACAACAUGAUUAACUAUAAACACAAAGUAUGAUGUAAUAAUCACAACGCUGUUAGGGCCAAACAUACAUAGUAGUUGGCUGACAGAGUCAGCUGCUAUUAAGAGUCCAUAAACAUCUAGGCAUCAUGAAAAUCAGUUGAUUACUGAAUUACUGAUCAUCUCUGUUUAUAUUGUACAAGAAUACUGUAACUCCUCUGGGUGUGAGAAUAUAGUUCAUUUGAGGUGCACUUAAACUCUUAUGGACUCAUCAUGAACAGCUGUGAAAUCAUUAAAAUUCAUCCUUGCAAUCCUCUGACGACUGGGUGAAAUCAUAGACCACUGCAAAACUCAGAGCCCUCAGAGACAAUGUACUUUAAGUUCCAUUUGAUUGACUUGUUUUUAUAUAAAAUGUUGCUGUUUUCUGUUGUUUGAGAAAUUGACAAUCAGAUCAGUAAAUCCCUGUACCGGUACCUUCUUAAAUUUCAGCCAUAUGAAAUUACACUUACUGAAAAUAUUAAAGUAUUUAAUAAUGCCACAAAAACAGCUUUCUAUAAAAAUCCCACUAGCAGUCACACAGGGUUUGUGUAUAUAUAUAUAUUAUAUAUAAGAAUUUUUAAAAAAAACAUAUAAAACAAACUACAAGCCGAACUAUUAUUUUUGUAUAAAUAUAGCCUGUUCUUUUCAUACUAUCUAUCAAAUAAGCAAUUUAAAAAAGAGCAUGUGUAUGGUCUUGAAAGUUUUUAGUUUUUAACCCAUUUUGUAAUGAUGUUUGUUGAAUGGUUGCAAUACAGUCUGUACUGUCGCUCCUUUAUAGAUCAAACCAUUAGAAUGUCUUCUGUGCAAUAUAAAGCUGUUUUAAAUCCUUAAAAAGGAGCAAGCAAUAACUAUUUAAUUCUCCUUUUAAAGUCACUUCCAAUGAAUUUGCACUCGACUGUUCGUUUCAGUAUUUGUGCUGAAUUCCACUAGACUUAACUUGGCUUUGCUAAAGUUGCUUAUGCAAUGUUUUUGUGACAUGCAAUGAUGUAGACUCGCAGUGGCAGUAUUCAAUAAACCGAACAAAUGUAGUCAUAUUGUAUUUUAUUUGUGAAAAUACAUUCAUCCCCUUCCAUUA